AGCAUCAAUUGCAGGGAUAUUGAUGCUUUUAGUGAUUGCAGAAGCAGUUAUAAUCUUUCGCCAAAGAAAGCGAUAUGCUGCUGCUAGGAACAUUAUUCUUGGGAAGCGUGGUAGUUCAAUUAAGGGGUCAGGAUUGGAAUCGAAGCAACGACAAUACUCAUUUAAUGAGAUUGUUAAGAUGACCAACAACUUUGAUAGGAUUCUUGGCAGAGGUGGAUUCGGAACAGUUUACCACGGCUUUAUUGAGGACAUUCACGUGGCUGUCAAGAUGCUUUCCCUAUCAUCAGUGCAAGGAUAUCAGCAAUUUAUUGCAGAGGUUAAGCUUCUAAUGAGAGUACAUCACCGAAAUCUGACUUCUCUUAUUGGUUACUGCAAUGAAGAAACUAAUAUAGGACUCAUCUAUGAAUACAUGGCAAAUGGAAACUUAGACGAACAUCUUUCGAGAAAAAACAACAGGGAAAAGUCCUUGAAUUGGGAAGAUAGACUUCGAAUAGCAUUGGAUGCAGCCCAAGGAUUGGAAUAUCUGCAUAAUGGUUGUAAGCCACCCAUAGUCCACAGAGAUGUAAAAUGCACAAAUAUUCUAUUAGAUGAAAACUUGCAUGCCAAACUUGCUGAUUUUGGAUUAUCCAAAUGCUUUGCUGCUGACGGGGAUACACAUGUAUCAACAAUUGCUGCCGGAACUCCAGGCUACCUUGAUCUUGAAUAUACGACAUCAAACAGGUUGACAGAAAAAAGUGAUGUGUAUAGUUUUGGAGUAGUUCUUUUAAGGAUAAUCACAGGUCAAUCGGUUAUAAUAGUAAGGGAAGAUACAGCUUAUCAUAUAAGUCAGCGGGUUAACUCUAUGGUUGCUGAAGGGGAUAUAACAAAAGUUGUUGAUUCAAGGAUACAAGGAGAUUUUGACAGAAACUCUGCAUGGAGAGCGGUUGAAAUAGCAAUGGCCUCUUUGUCUGUCACUUCGGCGGAAAGACCAUACAUGAGAGAUAUAGUGACACACUUGAAGGACUGUUUGGCUGCAGAGUUAGCCCGUAAACAUAAUUUUUGUGACCUUCAAAAUGAAGAUUCAGUUGAACAGUUCAGUGUGAAUUUAAUUAGUACUGAUAUGACUCCAUCAGCUAGAUAGGUUAUGAUAAUUAAUACUUGUACUAGAAAUAAAAUAGCUUGAAAAUUGUGGUGCAUUUUAAGUUUAUUUUGUUGUAAUAAUGUAUUUUAGCUUCUUAAACUAUUUUGUCGUUUGAUGUGU